CUUGUCAAUAAUAGGCCUAGUUAGUAGUUAAUUAAUUGCCAGUUGCCAUUAAAUAAAUUUACAUAGAUUAAUACAAUUUAAUCAAAAUGUCAAUUGCAGACGCAUUGAAACCUAAACAUGGUUCAAAGCAUUUGUCCAUGAUUGUUAAUGCUGAAGGAAAGGUUGUUCAGGCAGAAACAAGAGAAGAUGAAGAGCAAUCUGUUAAGCAGCAGGAAAUAAUUGACUUGCUCUAUGCUGCUGGAUACUUUCGAGCUAGAAUUAAAGGGCUCUCUGCAUUUGAUAAGAUUGUUGGCGGGAUGACUUGGUGUAUCGACUCUUGUGAUGUUGAUAUUGAUGUUGAUUUGCUGUUUCAAGAAAAUCUUACCAUCGGUCAAAAAAUAGCCCUGACGGAAAAAAUUGUUAUGGUCUUACCAAAAAUGAAAUGCCCUCAUCGAAUAGAACCUCAUCAGAUCCAAGGGUUGGAUUUCAUACACAUUUACCCAGUUAUUCAGUGGCUUGUCAAACACUCGAUGGAGAGACGCAAGGAAAUGGGGGAUUUUUUCCGAUCUUAUGCUGUGAAACAGUUUGAGAAAAUGUACUCUCAGCCUGAAGUCGAAGCCCAAAAAGCAUUCUGCCAAAAAGCACAACUCAACCUAAAAAAUGUUCAGGAGAAGUUUCGUCCGCAAAGAAACUUUCGCCGAACAGGAGACCCACCAACCAAUAUACUUGAGAGAGUGGAAAGUACUCUUUUUGAGUACGGCCAUUUCCCUUCAGUUCCAGUAACGAGUGGGCCUGAUGGACAAGCAGAAGUUACUCAAGUAGACGAGGACCGUUCUCGGAGGUUGAUGACAUCAAUGGCCUCCCUGCCAGAACAAGAGGUGCGUGUAGGUGCAGGUGUAGUAGGAAGCAUCGUGAGUCUACAAGCGGAUGAGAUUGCUCGAGCGGUCGAACACUACACUGAACUUCAGGCUCAGGUAGAGCUGAGUGAAACCAACCAACUGCAACGACUGAAAAUCAAGGAAACCGCUUUAAUCGAAGAAAAACAACGGCUAGAUCAGAAAUUGCAAGAAGAGUCUGAUCGACUAGAAAGGAUACAGGACAGUUCAAAUGAAGAUUCCCCUUCACACAUGCUGACUGAGGCAGAACAGGGGAUAUUGAAGAAGUUGCAGAGCCUUGUGACAACAAGUGAAACAUUGAAACAGCAAGAACUAGAAUUCCGAGAACAGUGUAAAACUGAACUGGCCACCCUACAACAGCUGAUUAAAGAAGCGGAGGAGACUGAAGCUCCGGACACAGACUCUGAGGAGAGUGAGAAGGCUAUGGAACAGCUGACUCGCAGUGUUGCUGCUACGAGGGUAGCACUGGCCCGACAGACCCGAGCAGUGGCAGCACUACAGCGACAGCUGGACCAGGUACCGUCUCGUGCAGAACUGGCACAGUACCAGCGCAGGUUCAUGGAACUGUACAGUCAAGUGUCUGCCAAGCACAGGGAAACAAAGCAGUUUUUCACACUAUACAACACAUUGAAUGAUAAGCACAGUUUUCUUAGUAAGGAAUUGGGAUUACUAUCAUCCAUCUCGGACAACUAUAAUGAAGCAAUGGCAUCUCAGGCAAGCAAAGAACAGUUUGUCGAACAACUUGAGGGCAUUCUUCAGGGAAUCGAAGUCAGCAAAGCAAAAGUUAAGAAGAAGUUGCUGGAAGAGAGAGAUCAGAGGGAGAGACUAAGCAAUGUUAGGUCGGAGCUGAUAGAACAGGCAAGACAAUGUGUGGCAGCCUACAAGCAAGCAAGCCUGGAAGCCGCCAACAACGAAAAUCUACUCAACAAACUUCGUAACCUGACGUUAUCCCAAGGAUAAUCUAACAUGUGUCAUAAGUGCCAUUUAAAAAAAUGAAUAGCUGAAAAAAUCACUAUUGAUUGUAGAGUCCGCAUUUUUGUUUUAUUUAAUAAACAAACCAAAUUUGAUAAGCAGAUAAAUGAAUAAUGUUCAAACAAGAGAUCUUAAUAUCAUGAUUUUUUUGCAAGUGGUCGCCUCGUGGAUGAAAACUCAACCUAAAAUAUGUAUUGAUGUUUUGAUUUUCUGCUUAUAUUUUGUUGUUAUUUCGUCAUCAGCACGGCAAAUCAUAAGGACUAUGUUAUUUUUUUUAUUUUAAAUUCAUUUUUUGUGCUUAUUUUUUAGCUUUUUUUUAAUUCAUUAAGGGAUUCUACACAUCUACAUGCAAAUAUUUUUCUAACAGUAAGUUAUGUGUAGAUUUUUCCUGCGAAAAGAAGUUUUUAAAGAAACAUGCUUGCCUACAUAUCAACAUAAAAAAUGCCGUUGAACGUUGAACGCAUUUCACUGACCAUAUUUCAUUUCAUAUUUCCAGUUUUAACUGAUUGUAAUUUUAUACAAUGUUAUGUCUUUGAUGUUUAUUAUCUAUCAAUAAAGAAUUUAUUAUGUU